GAGAGGGGGAGUCGUGCAGAGGUUCCCCGAAUGAAGCUUCAUCUCAGCUCUAUUUACUGCUGUGCUGAAGAGAACGUCGAGCAGUGAAUCCAUUAGUGGCUGCUGGCAUGCAGUAGAAUUUAGGCGCAUGCUUGAGCGGAACCGGCGCGCUUCUCCUCCAGCUACGACGUGAAAUCGAGAAGCAGCAGGAGAAGAGCAACGACAGCGGGAUGCAAAGUAGAGCUUGUGAUGAAGAGAAGAGGCUUCUUACGCAUUGAUGCUGAGUUUUGAGAGAGAAGCGCGCUCCAGUUUUAGUGCACGUUAGAGGAGACAAGAAGGACGACAUUGUGGACAAGAAGAAGUUCACUGUGGAAGGAUUCAGGAUGAUCAUAGGAAGUGUAAACCGAGCGGGGCCGGUCCCUGCCUUCCUCAGGAGUCCAGCCGUCCUCUCCCCAUCCCCCCUGGACAUGAAGCCCUUCCUACAAUUCCCUAUGGAGUCGCCACACCCUGCAACUCUGGGUCUCUUCCCCAAUUUUAAUACGAUGGACCCCAUCCAGAAAGCCAUCAUGACCCACACCUUCGGGCAUCCCAUGGUGAAGACAAAGCGACCUAUCAUCUCCUGUAAUGUCUGUCAGAUUCGCUUCAACUCGGAGAGUCAAGCAGAGGCUCACUACAAGGGCAACCGACACGCUCGCAGGGUUAAGGGCAUCGAGACGUCCAAGACGGCUCGUCUUCAGGAUGGGGACAAGCAGUACCCUCCCCCUACCACUUCACCUUCACCGUCUGGCUCCUCAUCAUCCAACCUGGAUCCUGAUCCUCAUAAACAAGACGACACCCAAUCCUGUCCCAACUCUGAGUCACCUUUGACCCCGAGCCACCUCUCAACACCCACAGUGAGCUCAGCGGAAACAGAGUGUCCCUUUUUGGAGUCGGCGGGCACACCUAUGCCAUCUUCCCCCUCACCGGCCGCCGACGGCACGCCACCCGCAGACUCAACUGGGGCGGUCCUUGCUGACAACCUGUCUCCAGCUUCCAGCCCUCCUCCUGGAGAGUCUGAGGAAGAGAAAGCCAAGAAGCUUCUCUACUGCUCCUUAUGCAAAGUUGCAGUUAAUUCCCUCUCACAGCUGGAGGCCCAUAACAAAGGAACAAAACACAAAACUAUUCUGGAAGCACGGAGUGGACUGGGGCCCAUUAAAGCCUACCCGCGUCUCGGUCUGAAAGGCACCCCCGAGCAGGACCUGUCGUCCGACCCCAACUCUCAGGAACGAACCUUCCACUGUGAGAUCUGCAAUGUCAGAGUCAACUCUGAGCUGCAGCUUAAACAGCACAUUUCCAGCCGGAGGCAUCGAGAUGGCGUUGCGGGGAAACCCAACCCUCUACUUAGUCGUCACAAGAAGCGUGCAGACUUUAUGGAUCUUCCAAAGACUCUGGGGGCGGGGCUUUUACCAAAUCCUCUGGCCGUGGCGGCAGCCAUGGCCGCCGCCGCCGCCUCUUCAAAUCAGCUGGCACUGCGACCUCCUGGCCCGCCAGCCCACCCCCAUCACCACCUGCUACAGGGUGCUCCCCUCAGCCUGCUGAGGCCCGCCCCGGGGCCUAUUCGCACCACACACGGGCCAAUUCUCUUCACGCCGUACUGAUAGCGUGGGGAGUCAGGCAGAAGCACACUGUGAAGCGGAUUCAUUCGAGUCAAACUUGGGACUGACGUGGCUUAACGUUGCAAACCGCCGCGACUGGUAUGCUAACAGGGAGUAUUUGACGACGUUUUAAAAGAGACAGCCUACAUUUUCAUCUUUCCCCACUUAUCUUGCAUCCAUCAAUCACCCUGCAAAGAAGUGGACUAUUAAAUUGACUUCCACUUUGCAACUGAUUUAACCGCUGUAUUUCCAAACCCUACCUCUUCAACAAUUCAAAUCUCCUCCACAUCUGAUGCAUCAAUUUCAUGAGAAGAAGAAGAAGAAAAAAAAAAAAGGAAACCCGCUGGGUUCUAUAUUGUGAUCUCCUCUGAUGUUAGCUGUUAGCAAUCACUGUGUAAUGAGUCCCCCCCCCCCCACCCCACUAUUUGUGGUCAAUGAAUUUGUGUUGCUGCUGGAAUCUCCUGCAACAUUUCUCUGUACUGUAUGUCUAGAUCUUCCCAGCUGGCUUAGGGAGUCUGUACUUACCAACAUGGAGUAAAAGAGGAACAGAAUAUACUACAUUACGUCUUAAAGAAGAUAGUCAAUGAAGCACCUUAACCAUGUCAAUGGGUUGGCAAAGUUGUAGUUGUGGUGAAGAAGUACUAUGCAGCGUUUAUCGGUGUUUAUAUUUGUGGUCUAAUUAGAUGUUGGAGAAAAGAAAAGAAAAAAAAGAACAUCAGGGAAGACUAGGCAAGUAUCUUUAGGUUUAGAUCUACAUGUUAAUUGUCAGAGAAACCCCCAGAUUUGAUUCCCCAGAUUUUCCCCCCGCUAAUAAUUAGGCAUUGGGGUAAAACGUCUGCAUGUAAGUGAUUUUAAAUGCAUUUUGAUGCUUUAAUAGACAUUUCACCGCACAAAACAGAAACGUUUCAGUAUCUCAGAGAAAGACUUUCAACACUGUGAGCACAGCCAGGACAAUGAGGGAGUCGUACAGUGUUGUAGCAGCUAUUUGUGAUACGGCCAUAUGCGGCUCACAAACAUACACAAAUACGAAGCAAAUGAGGAAGAUGAUAUGCAAAAUAAUAUCUUCUGAGAAUAUUAAAAAAAAAAAAAAAACAGCAUUAUGGUCUACAGACAAUGGAAACCCAAGCACACAUAAACACACACACGCGUGCACACACACACACACAACCUUUUUGAUAGCUUUUAAGGUGUGUGGUAGGAUCAAGUUUUUUCGCUCUGCUUUGUGACCCAACAUGACUUCAAAAAACCCCGAUGAAAAAUGUCACAGCAGCAUGUCAACACGUUAGCGGGAAACUUACGCAAACAGGAACUAGCAAUACUUUCUGCUCUAUUUUUAAAGUGAAACACAAGAAAUGCAAUAAAAAAAAAAACGUGUCAAAAGAUAUAAUCUUUGUUUUUGGAAGUGAUGUGUAGAAACAUUACUGUAAAUGUAGAUUAUUUAAAGAAAUGUGGGGGGCUUCCAAAUUGUUGAAUUCUAAUAGAAUUGUACUCGAAAAUCAUUAAACUGUUUAUGAUUUUACUGCAA